AUGGCGUUCAAUGCCGCUGUCAUCUCGGAGCGCCGACCCACGUCCCAGCGCGACCGGGCCCUCGAGGAGCUGGAUGCGCUCCUCAAGGGCCCGAAGGACCGCGACGGCGCUUUGACACAUCUCAAGGAGGUCACGAACAGCUUCAUCGAAAAGGCCGCGAAGAAGGCGGGCUGCCGCGCGGCGCUCGCGCCGCCGUCGCCGACGCCGGGCUACGUGGCGCCCCCCGCCGCCGCGCCGUCGCCGCCGCCGCGGCCGCCGGCGCCGGUGAUCCCGUCGACGCGCGAGCUGCUCGCGGGCGCGGACGCGAAGGAGCGGCUCCGCCGCGUGCGCGCGCUCCGGGAAGCGCGGGAGGCCACCGCCGGCGGCGGGCGACCGACCCCGAAGCGCGCGCCGUCGCCGGAGCCGCCGGCGUACCCCGCGGCCGAGUACUCGGAGAGCGCGUCCGCCUUCUCCGCGGACUCGGACGACGACGACUCGAGCGCCUCGGAGCUCGCCUCGGACGGCCGGGACGGCGCGCUCCGGGCCGUCUUCCGCCGGUCCCGGGGCCCGCGGAACACGGGGGACCCCUUCGCCGGCGCCGUCGCCGCCGCCCUCGAGGCCGACGCCGCCGCAACGGACGCGUGGGGCCCGCGCGCCGUCGCGCUCGCGUCCGGCUUCCUCAAGACGCUCGGCGAGGACCGGUGCGACUACGACACGCUCCGCGAGAUCGUCGAGAAGAGCGCCGGGGCGGCGCGGUAA